GGGCAGCGAGCAGGGGGCGGGCGGCUGCCGCGGGUCCUCUUCCUGCUCCUUAGGGGUGCCGGCCGCCAUGGGCUCCCGCCUGUCCCUGGAUGGCUCCGUGCGGGUGGUGGUGGUCGGCGGUGGCUUCGGAGGCAUAGCGGCCGCCAGCCUGCUCAAAUCCUGGGGCAUCCCGUUCGUGUUGGUGGACAUGAAGGAUGCUUUCCAUCACAACGUGGCUGCCCUUCGUGCCGCCGUGGAGAGCGGCUUUGCCAAGAAGACAUUCAUCUCCUAUUCUGUUACCUUUGGGGACAGCUUCCGACAAGGCAAGGUGGUUGGUGUAGACCCUGAGAGGCAACAAGUUUUGCUGAGUGAUGGUGAGGAGCUUCACUACUCCCACCUCAUUCUUGCAACAGGCAGCAAUGGGCCAUUCCCUGGGAAGUUCAAUGAAGUCAUUGACAUGGAAGGUGCCAUCCAGACCUAUGAAGACAUAGUUAAGGAGAUUGAGAAAUCAGAGCGUGUCCUGGUAGUGGGAGGUGGUGCUGCUGGGGUCGAGAUGGCUGCAGAGAUCAAAACAGAGUACCCAGCCAAAGAGGUCACCCUGGUUCACUCAAAAGUUGCACUAGCUGACGCGGAGCUGCUCGAUAGCGUCCGUCAGGAGGUGAAAGAGAUUCUCCUCAGAAAAGGAGUGCACCUCUUACUAGGUGAAAAGGUCGACAGUGUGGAGAGCCUCACGCCCAACCAGUUCCAGAAGGACACAGUAGUAAGGACAGAAAAGGGCACAGAGGUGGUUGUGGACAUGGUGGUCUUGUGCACAGGGAUAAAGAUUAACUCUUCAGCAUAUGCCACUGCAUUUGGGGACAAGAUGGCAAGGAAUGGUGCUUUGAAAGUUAACAAGCACCUCCAGCUGGAAGGCUACGAGAACAUCUAUGUCAUUGGGGACUGUGCGGAUGUGAAGGAACCAAAGAUGGCCUACCAUGCUGGGCUCCAUGCCAACGUUGUGGUGACAAACAUCUACAACAGCCUGGCAAAUAAGUGUCUUAAAACCUAUGAACCAGGGUCACUCACAUUCCUGCUCUCAAUGGGCAGGAAUGAUGGCGUAGGCCAGCUGAAUGGUUACUAUGUGGGACGCCUCUUGGUGACCAUUGCAAAGAGCCGGGACCUCUUUGUUUACAAGAGCUGGAAGACCAUGGGGCAGAGAAUGCCCUCUUAAGAGGGCAUCAGUACCAAACCAGCAAGGAACACAGCAACUGGAAGAGGGUGAGGGUGCACUUUUCUUGCUUGGACAGACUGCAACCGUCUCCUGCAGCACUGCCUAAAGCCACCUGUCAGCGUGCUGCACUCAAGGGGUGCUCUGCUUCACUCUAAUGGGGAAGGAGACACUCUCCCAGUGAAGUGCACAGAAGCUGUCAUGAUAAAAGGCAGGGAAGGAAUGUUUGAGUUCCCUGCUGAGGUAGCUCUGAGCAAGAACCUCUGUUUACCUUGAUUACCUUAACAGUAAAUAUUGCCCUUUCCCAAAUCUCUGUGGUUUGUUUGUUAUGUGGCUUUUGCCCUGGUUUUCCCUACUCUGCUAGAAAGUACCUGCCUCUUCCAGAUCUGGAAUCUGCUCUGCAGAGUGCAGGCAGAGGGGCUUACAGCAUUACCUCGGUAGGGAAAGCCUGCCUGAAGCCUUCACCAGGCUCUGGUAAUCCUGGAACUCCACAGAAUACAAUGCAGCUUUGUGCCAACAUCUCCACAGCAGCUUCAAUCAUGUCACCUAUAGCACUAUACUUCAACCAGAAGAGCUGGUUAGUUGUGUGCUAAGUAUGAGAUACCAAGCUCUUAAUUACAGAUGCUGCUGGUUUGAUUUUUAA